AUGGCUGCGCACUCGAUUGUUGCGACUCUGCUGCUUCUGUCCCUCGUCGCGCGCGCCUCGUCGUUCGAUCUUACGGUCAGCCCAGCCGACGUGCUCACCGCAGGAUUGAAGGUCGGACCCGCCAAGGACGUCGAAUCGGCGGGGAUCGAUCUCAGCAGGGUGGUGCGACUAUCCGAUAAGGAGCCGCGCGCGUUUCUGUAUAAGAGCUUCCUGUCGGACGCGGAGUGCGACCACAUCGUCAACAUCGCCACCGCCAGACUCGCCAGGUCGGCAGUGGCGGACGGCAGCAGCGGGAAGAGCGUGGUGAGCGAGGUGCGCACGUCCACAGGCAUGUUCCUCACUAAAGGCGAGGAUGACGUCAUCCGAGCCAUAGAGCAGCGCGUCAGCGAGUGGACGUUCCUCCCCGUGGCCAAUCAGGAGGCUCUGCAGGUCCUGCGGUAUGCCAUCGGGCAGAAGUACGACGCCCACUUGGACUAUUUCUCGGACCCCGUGAACACACAGCUGGGCGGGCACCGCUACGCCACGCUGCUCAUGUACCUCAGCAACGUCACCAAGGGUGGAGAGACCGUCUUCCCCACCGUGAAAGACGACACGCCGAAAGAUGACUCGUGGUCUGACUGCGCCAAGGGCGCCCUCGCUGUGAAACCCAUCAAGGGAGACGCCCUGCUCUUCUUCAACAUGCAUCCAGACGGCUCCCCUGACCCCUCCUCGCUGCACCAUGCAUGCCCGGUAGUGGAGGGCAUCAAGUGGUCCGCACCCAAGUGGAUCCGCAUGGGUGAUGUCACGGUGCCUCUGGGUGAUGCUGUCACCGCUGCCUGCCAGGACAGCAACGCUUAG